AGCGUGCGCUUGCGUGAGGACGUAAGCGUGUGCGCAUGCGCAGCGGCUUUACUCGCCCCAGAGCCGUUGGUUAGAAGCAUCGCGCUGGUCCUCGGCUUCUCCAUCCUCAUCCUCGCCAGCCCUCCGCCGCCAUGGCUUCCUACAAGACCUACCGGAUCAAGCGGUUCCUGGCCAAGAAACAGAAGCAGAACCGUCCCAUCCCGCAGUGGAUCCGGAUGAAAACCGGCAAUACGAUCCGCUACAAUUCCAAGAGGAGACACUGGAGAAGAACCAAGCUGGGCCUAUGAGGCC